UCCGGCAGCGCCGAGAGUGGAACGGUAGGCAGCGCACUUCGCAGGCUCCGUGCGCUCUCCCCGCGCCCGCCUUUCAGCAUGAAAGCUUUCAGCCCCGUGAGGUCCGUGCGGAAGAACGGUCUUUCGGAACACAACCUGGGCAUCUCCCGCAGCAAGACCCCGGUGGACGACCCCAUGAGCCUGCUGUACAACAUGAACGACUGCUACUCCAAGCUGAAGGAGCUGGUGCCCAGCAUCCCGCAGAACAAGAAGGUCAGCAAGAUGGAAAUCCUGCAGCACGUCAUCGACUACAUCCUGGACCUGCAGAUCGCGUUGGACUCGCACCCGUCCAUCGUCAGCCUCCACCACCAGCGGCCGGGGCAGAACGCCGCCUCCCGGACCCCGCUGACCACGCUCAACACAGACAUCAGCAUCCUCUCCUUACAGGCAGCCGAGUUUCCCUCAGAACUAAUGGCAAGUGACAGCAAAGCGCUCUGUGGCUGAAUCGUACGGUGUUCCACUGAGGAGGCUUUUCUUUUUCUUUUCUUCUUUUUC